CAGCCUCCCUGCUCGCCUAUCAGAGCCAGUCCCCUGCAUUCGGUCUCUGCUCUGUUUGCUCCUGCUGUGUCAUUCUGUCCUUCCCUUCUCGUUUGGUCUUCCCAUCCCUCUUCCCUCGGUGACAGGAUUACAGCACCAGUGUCCUGUUGCUGGCGUGCUCUUGUCUGAGCUUUCUGCCUGACUUUUUUUCUCCACUCACCUCUUCUUUUUGCUCCGGUACUGCACCAAGCAUGGAGAAUGACCAGUCUCCCACCUUGCCCGGGCAGGACAUCCAGGGGCAGAGUGGGGACAAAGCUGCCCCAGGCUCGCAGCCCCCUGCUCCAGCCCCCACAGAACAGCCAAGCACCUGGCCCGAAGGAGCCGUGUGUGACAUCUCAGAGGAGCUGAGCCGGCAGUUGGAGGACAUUAUAAAAACUUACGGGUCUGCCGUGAGCCUGAUGGAGAAGGAAAGCACCACUACGGGAACCAACAGGCCUGAGAAGGGAGAGCCAGGCAGCGUGGAGGAUGCUGAGUGUGAGGAUGCAAAUGAGGAGGGUGAGAAAGAGAAACUGGCUCCUGGGGAUGCUUCCAGAGCAAAGGAGCCCAGUGGCAGCAAAGAGCAAAAGCUGGAGAAGAAAAUCCUGAAAGGACUAGGAAAGGAAGGCACCCUACUGAUGCAAAGCUUGAACAAGCUGAAUACUCCAGAGGAGAAGCUGGAUCUGUUAUUUAAGAAGUAUGCUGAGCUGCUUGAAGAACAUCGUGCCGAGCAGAAAAAGCUCAAGUACCUGCAGAAGAGGCAGGCCCAGAUCACCAAGGAGAAGGACCAGCUGCAGAGCGAGCACAGCCGAGCCAUCCUCGCCCGCAGCAAGCUCGAGAGCCUCUGCCGGGAGCUCCAGAGGCACAACAAAAACCUCAAGGAGGAAACAAUUCAGCGGGCACGGGAGGAAGAUGAGAAGAGGAAAGAAAUAACUAAUCAUUUCCAGGGCACGCUGAGUGAAAUCCAGGCUCAGAUCGAGCAGCAAAGCGAGAGGAACAUGAAGCUCUGCCAGGAGAACACGGAGCUGGCAGAGAAGCUGAAAAGCAUCAUUGACCAGUAUGAGCUGCGGGAGGAGCACCUUGAUAAAAUAUUUAAGCACAGAGAACUUCAACAGAAACUGGUGGAUGCCAAGUUGGAGCAGUCUCAGGAAAUGAUGAAGGAAGCUGAGGAGCGACAUCAGAAAGAAAAGGAAUACCUCCUGAACCAAGCUGCAGAAUGGAAGCUCCAGGCCAAAAUGUUAAAGGAGCAAGAGACUGUCCUACAGGCACAGAUCACCCUCUACUCUGAAAGGUUUGAAGAAUUUCAGAAAACAUUGACCAAAAGCAAUGAAGUGUUUGCCACAUUCAAACAGGAGAUGGAGAAAAUGACAAAGAAAAUGAAGAAGUUGGAAAAGGAUACGGCUACAUGGAAAUCCAGGUUUGAGAGCUGUAACAGAGCAUUAUUGGACAUGAUUGAAGAGAAAGCCAUGAGAUCCAAGGAAUAUGAGUGCUUUGUGCUGAAGAUCCAGAGGCUAGAGAACCUUUGCCGGGCUCUGCAGGAAGAGAGGAAUGAAUUGUACAAAAAAAUAAAGCAAGCACAGUUCCCUGAAGAGGUGAAUGGAAAUGGCAUCUUAGAAGAAGAAGAAGAUGAGGCUGAUACGAGCCCUUCCUCCACCGAGCAAGCGAGCAUUGAGCUGCACACUGCUGAUGAGAGGAUGCUGAAGGAGCUGGCAGAAGCUUUCAGGGUGUCCCACAAGGUGGAGGAAUCCCUCCCAAACGACAGCAGCAACCCAGAGACCUGUCACACUCAAACAUGCAAUGCUGUCCUGGAGCCAGAGCUCCCUUCUCCUCUGACCCCACGGCCAGAGGCUGGGAAUAGCUGUGAGCCACCCAGCACGAGCACACCAGCACCCGUUGAACACAUGCCAGCACCCACCAGGAGCACACCAGCGCCCACUGAAAAUAUGACAACACCCUCCGAGAAUGUGCCAAAGCCCACCAAAAGCAUGUCCCCGCUCCCAGAAAGGGUGCCAACACCCACAGAAAGUGCCCCAAUACCUCCCCAGAGCGUGCCAGUACCCACUGGGAAUAUGCCAAACCCCACUGAAAGCAUGCCAGCAACCCCUGAAAACAUGCCAACAGCCACACAAAACAUGCUCACUCCCCCUGGGAAUAUGCCAGUACCCACAAAAAGUGCACCAAAAGCUGCAGAAUGUGUGGAUGACCCAGUGGAGCGGUCUGUUCAGGGUCAGCUGGCAGAGCAAAUAGGGGACACAGACAUGGAAGCAGUGGAUUGAAGACACUUGGUGUAUCCAAGGCUUGUCUUCUAUAAACCACAGCCCUACUUCACCCUCUAAAUUGAUACUUUUUUUUUUUUAAAGAAACAAAAAGUGGGUGCUAAAUCACACUCACAUAUCUGCAGGCAAAUGUAAUGCACUUCUCUUUGCUCCCACUAUCCAGCAAUAACGGGUCUGCAAAUUUUGCUGUCCUUCAUCUGCUCGAAGCAUAGUAUUUUCUUAAUGACAGGAAAAUACAAUGAAAUUACAGGAUCUUUCUUCUCAGGCAUAAUGAGUCAUCUCAUUCAGCAAAAUAAUUUUAAAGUGUUGAAGUUUCAUGUUUCAAAAAUCAUUGCAAUUCACAUACAUGUAUUUGAAGACUCAUAAUUAAUUGUAUCUAUUUGCUGUGAUGUUGCAUAAAAGAUGGCCCACUUGGACACAUAGUGAUUUUAAUAAAUGAGGUGAAAGACAUCUGUAGUGACAAAGUAAAAUAGUGAGACUGUCAAUGUGGUCAGCCAUAUCCAAAGAGGUGCAAUAACAAAAGGUGAUUUUUGUAUGAGCAAACUACCAGUCAGCACUGUGGCUUGAACACCCAUGAGCUCUUAGGCUUACCUUGAAUCAGUCUUUUCUGCUUAGUGUUCUAAAAGAGGUUCUGUGUUCAACAGAACUACAGGGGAGGGGCGAUCUUUUCUAGAUUGCUUAUAAAAUGGCUGAAAACAAGAGCAAUUUCCAAAUUGAUGUUUAUUCCCAAGGUAGGGGUCACAACCCUCUUUCUGCAUCUAAGAGUAACCUGCUAGUUUGUCACACUGUUUGGGAUCAUGAGCCCAACAGGGGCUUAUGGCUGAUUUCAGCUCACAAAUGAGGUCAGAAGUUCAAAAUUCAGUUGCAGAUCCCAGCUUGUAGACCAGGAACAGAAAGCAUAGUAGAGCUGUUAGAAGGUACCAGGAUGUAUUCCAGAAGAUACCCCUGAGAUCACGCCUCUUGAUGAUGCUACCUCUCCCAGUCACAGCCACACAAACCUCUUCUCCACAGCUUCCUCCUGGCCCAGGCGCUGAUGCUCCCAGGAGAAGGGUGAGCACACUUGCCUGUUACCUCAUUCACUGGAGUGCAGCACAAGUAAAUAGCCCAGAAGAAAAUAGGUACCAGGAAAACAGGAGUCCCUCUCACAGACACCUUCAUGGACUGGCUACAUUCUCAUCCCCUCUCUUCCCAUCUGCCUGCCAACACACCAUUGCUCAACAAUGUAGACACCAUGAAAGAAACUGCUUGAUUCUGGCACGGAGAACAGAGAUGAAGAAGGAAGGGAGCGAGAGAGGGCACCUAGCCAGACAGCUGUAUGGUCUCAAGCAAGGAGGCUAAGGUUAUUUGAAAGAAAGUUUAAAAAAUCCUGUUGGCACAUUUCUUGUGUCUCAUCCCCUUCUUCCAAAUUCAGUCCAGGCCUUUUGGAGUCUGACCUGAACAGCUCAAGAAUUUGAAAAGGGCUAUUAAACACGAUGUCCAGAGGCUGGAAAGGGAAAUGUUACAAUCAAAGAAACCUGAAUUUAUAGACAAAUCCCAAGAAGCCCCCAAGACAAAGUGACUCAGUCAAGCCGGAGUUGAAAUAAUGGUGAGCCAAGAGAAAAGAUGCCAUCUUUGGCAGAUCAUGGGAGACCGCGGUCACAGAGUCCUUCCAGCAUGCCACCCUCCAAGAGUGGGGUGUGAAUCUUUGCUUACAGCCAACAUGGUCUGCACCCUGGUUAAGUAUGUCUGUGUCUGCACUGUUUGGUCCAGCCUUCUCUAGAGGUAACCGCUGGAGUACACAGAGCGUGAUUUGCAACAGGUUGUUUUGAUAUGGCCUUUCAAGUAGCUAUUAUGGUUACACUUUCCAAAUUUGGAUGCUCUAUGUUAGAUGCCAAGACUGACGGGAUUUACUUAAUGUCUUUAAUCACCUGAAAGUAGAUCCUUCAAGUCUUAGUUACCUUAAGCUUCUUUUAUAAGCAGUAGAGAAGAAUAGGCAUCUUUCGAGGACAAGACCGGCAUCCAAGAGAGAAUAAAUUACUUUCUCUCUGAAGAUGCCAUUUCUAGAGCUAGCUCAAGAAAACAAGCUUAAAUUUAAAAUGUCUGUUAUUAGGUGUCUAAAUUAGACACGAUGAAUCCCAUCAAAUAUUCAGAUUCAAAGCCCUAAGUGAAUGGCCAUCUCUGAAAACCGAGCCAGCUAGGUGCCUGUGAAAAUGUUAAUCUGUAACAAAUCCGUAUUGUAAGAUAAAACGUUAUACUCACCUGAUUGACUUUUUUUUUUAGUUUCCAUUGACUUAAGUCUGUAGAAAUAUAGUUUCAAUUAAGAGUACAAGUUUUGUUUGUCAUUAGGGUGACUUAAAAUUAGUGCAAUUUAUAUACCCAUUAAAGUUCUUUUUCCUUUG